AUGAAAAUAAGCGAAGAAACCAAUGGUGUAGAUUCGCCCAGCAAGGAUGAAUUUGCCAAAGAAAAAGGAUCCAACGCCGCUUUCAUCCCUCCUUCUAUCGAUACUGCAACGCCCGAAAAAAGCAAGUACUUCCAUACAACCAUUGCUCCUGACGUCCCAAAAGAUCAGCCAUUUCGCCUAGGGGUAGAUGAAGCAGGUCGUGGUCCAGUUUUGGGCCCUAUGGUUUAUGCCGUUGCGUAUUGUCCGGUCGAUUUUGAUCUGACAAACUUUGGGUUUGCAGAUAGUAAGACGUUGACUGCUGUGAAACGCUCCCAGCUUUUGGAGGAUAUUUGCAACAAAGAGACUGAGCUUGGGCGUCAUGUGGGUUGGUCGGUUCAAAGCAUUUCUGCCAAAGAGCUAGGUGCUGGAAUGCUGCGUCAGUACAACAAAUACAAUCUUAAUUCUCAGGCACAUGACACCACCAUGAAUUUAAUACAAAAAGUUUACGAUUCAGGUAUCCGGAUAACGGAGAUCUACGUGGACACGGUGGGUCCUCCAGACACAUAUCAACAGAAACUUCAAGCACGCUUUCCUCAAGCUAAAGUGAAGGUAACUAAGAAAGCAGAUUCAUUGUUUCCUAUCGUUUCUUUGGCUUCUAUUUGUGCCAAGGUUACUCGAGAUGUUCAACUUGACCUAGUCCGAUAUCUUUUGCAAACUCAAGAUUGGGGUUCUGGCUAUUCAUCCGACGCCAAAACAACAAAAUGGCUACGCUCCUCAGUUCACCCCGUAUUUGGAUGGAAAGGAGACAUUGUGAGGUACUCCUGGCAAACCGCUCGUGAUAUUCUGGAAGUGGCUUCUUCGAAAACAUCAUCUCCUUCUUUUAUUCAUGUUGACUGGCACGAAGAAAAGUCUGCUCCCCUUAAUUUUACACCUCGUAAACCAAGUGCAAAAAGCCGUUCGUGGUUUGGGACAGACUUCGCAUUCUAA